AUGCCUCCGGAUAUGUCAUUAUCAACGCCUUUGACUCAAUUAUUGGGCAUGAAGCAUCCAGUGAUUUCCGCUGGCAUGUAUGUUGCUGGAGGACCAGAGCUUGUGGCUGCUGUGAGCAAUGCUGGCGGACUUGGUGUCAUUGGUGGACUCUAUUUUACGCCAGAUGAGCUGAGAACGACCAUUCGAGAAGUGAAGAUUCGACUCCAGGACUCAUCACUUCCAUUCGGAGUGAGCCUUCUUUUGCCCCAAGUUGGUGGAUCAGCACGAAAAACAAAUAGGGAUUACACCGGAGGCAAAUUGAAUGAGCUUAUUGACAUUGUUGCUUGCAGCGGCGCCAAGCUAUUCGUUUCCGCAGUCGGUGUUGCUUCCACAGAUGUCGUUGCUAAGCUUCAUGCCAAUGGCGUCUUUUACAUGAAUCUAGUUGGUCACCCAAAACAUGUCGCCAAAGCCUGUGCCGCUGGUGCCGACAUCAUCUGUGCCCAGGGUUCAGAAGCCGGUGGUCAUACUGGGGAGAUCCCAGCUAGUGUCUUGGUGCCGGCUUGCGCUGAUAUGGUGAAAAAGUACAAGUCUCCUUUGACUGGGCAGCCCGUACAGCUCGUCGCUGCUGGAGGAAUUUGCGAUGGCCGAGGAGUUGCCGCAUCCUUCAUGUAUGGAGCUUCUGCCGUCUGGGUCGGGACGAGGUUUGUCACUGCCAAGGAGUCUAGUGCUCUUGAAGAAUCAAAGAAAAUGAUUAUCGACGCAAACUUUGAUAGCACCAUCAGAUCAACUAUUUGGACUGGAAGACCACUGCGCGCGGCUGCUACCCCUUACGUUCGAAACUGGGAAUGUAACCGUAGGCAUGAGCUCGAAGAAUUGCUGUCCAAAGGUAUCGUACCCAUGGACCAUGAGAUCCAAAAGAUUCGCGGAGCUGGCGGUGUCCCCACAGAGAUCCUACAGCAGUCGGCGAUGAGACCCAUGAGCAUUGCAUCUGGCCUGAUUAACAAUGGGCAGCAAUCUGCGGCGGACAUAAUCGAAGAGAUGGUAACAGAAGCAGUCCAAUGUCUCAGUGGUGCUAGUAGCUUUCUUGUGAAAUCAGACUAUGUGAAUUGA